UAACUGUUAUGGAAUAAUCAGAAGGUGAAACUGAUAAAGCGCUCCCAACGACUGUGUUAUUUACGAGGCAGCAACUCGUUACGUGAACGCACCACGAACGUGCGUUAUUUUGACUGCAAAGCUAAGCUUGCUAGCACCGUGUCUCUGACAUUUUUUACUUUGUUGUCGUUGUUCAGUUAGAAAUCAUAUUUCGCGGUUUGUUUUUGACGAUGUACUUGACACGUGACACGUGAGGCGUUUGCGACCCCGGCAGUUUUUACUACUAUUUUACUACUACACAGCCGAUGCGACACAGCGGAGGGAGAAAUGUGACGUGGUUAAACUAUUUGAUGGCGUGGCGAAUUACGCCGUCAUCUGGAUAAUCAUUUGAAAGACGCGCACGAUGAAACGUCAUGUUUUGCUCUACUGGCCCAACAUAAUCGGAUAUCUGAGGAUUCUCCUAGUAUUUAUUUCCUGGAUUUCUCACCCAAACCCUGCUGUGUUUGUUCCUCUUUACUCCCUCUUUAUUGGACUUGAUGGAGUGGACGGUUGGCUGGCCAGGAGGCUUGGACAGACCUCGAGGUUUGGUGCGUGGCUGGACGUAGUGGUGGACAACCUGGGCAGAGGCAUGUUAUGGAGCCAAGUGUGGCAGUUGGGGUGGCUGGUGUCAGCCAUGGAGUGGUGUGUGUUUGUGUGCAACCACGCAGCCAAAGGGGAGCAAUGGAAGAACAGCUUCAACAGUAGCCCUCCCAUCAUCAGAGCCAUCAUGGCCAAUGGACUUCGGACUCCUCUGGGGUUGUGGGUGGCAGGUGGGCUGCACUGCCUCCCACUGUGGCUGUACGGAGGCCAAAAAGGUCUGCUGUCCAGCUGGCUGCUGAUGCCUCAUUGGGCUCAGGUUUUGGGCACGGUGCUGCUGGCUGCUGGACGGGUCCUCGCCCUGAGAGUGGAGAUAUGGUGUGUCUGGAUGCACAUUCACCACCUGAGCAGUGGUGUGGAGAAAGACGAUUGAAGAAGAGAGGUGCGAUUGACAGUGUAAACUCUGCUUGCAGGUGGGGGGCCUGCCUUUUAUAAACACUAGGCUUCAUACUCACUUUGCUGCUGUGACUCCACAAUCUUUUGUCCUGGAUUGUUUCAAAAUUGUGGCACCACUUAUCAGUAAGGAAAUUUGUGUUGCAAAGUAUGUUGUAAAUUAGCCUGAUCAGCCAUCACUACUUAAUGGACACCUGUACAUUGAAAACAAUUGUCUCUCCCAUAUACAUUAACUCCCUCAUGUACUCAGCACAGCAGUCUAGUGCUCUACUUUUUUUGGAUGUGUUCCUCUCACGCUCAAGAUGGAGUAGGAAUCCAGUUGACUGUGCGACCAUAUGAAGAGUAAACAAGUGCAUCAUCAAAGGAUGAUGUCAAUUGUGGGAAAACGUCGAAAGUUUUUCCAGUCCACUUCACGAUAUCGAGUUGACUUUUUUGCCAUGUACACUUAAUGUUUUAGGGUUAUAUGUAUGCUAUGCAACAACCAAUGUAAUAAGGGUCAGUUUCACUUCAUUAGCUUAAUGAUUUUUGAUUGCAGAGGUUGUCCAUUUUCGGUAAGUGUCAGCAUUCCUGGGCAAUGGGCAUUGACUCAAAUAGAAGCUUUGUAAAAUAAAUAAAUACAUGAAAAAAAUAACUAAUUUGGGUGGAGAUUUGUAAUCACAUCCAUGGAGUCUUGUUUUUGUCAAAUAUAUGUCGACCUUACUUCGGUUACACAGGUCUUCCUGUGGCUAUUAAAAAAAACUGUGACACUCAGGAGUCGGUGAUAUAUGUUUUUAAUGUUUCUGUGGCUAACAGUGAAGCAGUAACAAUGAAACAUCACAUUUUGGUCGUCACUCAUCUGGUUAAACAGCUGCUACUGAAGAGAGAGAUCACAGCUUCAGAAAACACCCAAGCAGCUCACCGAUGAUAAACAUUAACCAUUACAUUCCAUCACUUCCCGACAGUCCAGAGGCUCUGUGGAGCUGAACGGCCCACCAAUAGAGAAUAAGACAUUGUUGCUCGAUAAGGACAUAAUACUGUGUGUAUGUGUGUGGGGCGGUGGGAGGGGUUUCUUGUAAUUCUCCAUAAAAUAAAAGCCUUCCUCCACCAGAUUGCAUUCAUGCAUUGCAGGGACAUUCAGUUUGAGAACACUUACUGCAUCUCCUAAAACAUUAGAAUCGAGUGUAGCACCUGCACAUUUAAGUGUGACUUCAAAGACUGUCCUUCAUACUGAGGCAAACAUUCUCUCAGUGUAGCAAAUUGUCGUGUAGAAGGGGAGUAAGGCUGGACCUUGUCAGCUGUGAGAGAACCAAAAGCCUCUAAUGUUAUCAACCACAUUUAUUGUCAUGUCAGAUGUGGAGCUGAAAGGUCCCCAAGCUCUAGGUUCCAAUCAGGUUUCAGACAUCUGUUUUUGGACAUCCAUUUGUUCCCCUGCAGGUGGUGCUGUCGAUUGUCUAGAUGAGUCAUGGCAAUAACUUUGUGUUAGAAAGUGUAAGGUGAUGAAAGAUUAAGAUCACAAGCUAUAUCUGCUGUUUUUUUUUGUCAAGACAUUUAAGCAGGCGACCACAGGGAGAGAUGAGAACAUAUCGCUCAACUUGUGGAGGGUGCACCCUAGAGUUUUAGGAGAAGUAACAUUGUUGCACUUGGCUUUUAAAAAUCAAAUCAUUAAAUUAAUUUGAUUCAAAAUUUGAAUUGGACAAAAAAAGACAAACCAUUUGUUAAAAGCAAGUUUACCUGCCUUCACAUUAGCCAAACUGAAAUCAAAAUUCCAUGUUACACAGAGACAAACUGUAUUACAUAGUAAUUCACUGAGAAAAACCUUUUGCCAUAUUAUUGCUGAUUACCUCUCCUCCCUGCAAGCAAAUGUUUGACGUAUUUUGACUGUGGUCAUGUACCAAGUUAGGAAGUAGAGGACAGGUGGGGGAAAAAAAACUGACCGACCCUUUGGAAGAAAUUUGCUUCGUUAGUUUGGAAUGUAAAGCUUCAUUUGACUGGAUGUUUGCAACAGAAUCGGUGAUAACUGAUCCUGAACAUUCUGCCUUCAGGGGGGCUUCAUACAAUUAAAUAUGCACCAGAUCUCAAGAGUUCUGAUCCAAACCAUCCACUGCAUGUACAGAAAGGAACUGCCAUGUGACAUCACACACACAAACACACGAAACUAAUGCUGAUGAGCAAGUGCUUCUUGAGGGGUAAUCAGCACUUCAAGUUUCAGUCGGUCAGCUGACAGAGGAGUGCCAGCUGUUCUAAGGCUGGUAGCUUUCUGAGGAGCACUCAAGCAUCAGUAGAAAUGACACACACUCCUGUACAUGCAGCAGUCAUGGUCUCACAACUUGAUCAUUGAACUAACACAUUUUGCCAUGUCCUCUCCUUGGGCAGGUCCACUUGUCAAAAACAAGAAGCAGGAACGGCUUCAGCACAUUCUGUUGUUAGUCCCCAACACAAAGGCUAAAUGAAAACACCAAAAAGCCUUCAAAUAAAAUUCAGCAUACUGGCAGGGAAACAGCGUUCGCCACGCCGGAUAUUUGGAGAGUUGAUAGAUGUGCUGGUGGAUAUGAUUUGCUGCAAUCCUUCUGGCUACAAUGGUUUAAACAGAAACUCAAAAGUUCAUAAAUCCUUAGUGAAAAGAAAAGGCAACACAAUGAGAGGUUGUUAGUCAUCCUUGCUGGACGUCUGCGGUCGAGUGCGUGCUCCGGGAUCAGUUCUUCAGGUGGUUUCUCCUUUUGGUGAAUUCCAAAUUUUGGGGCCAAGUACCAACAGCUGCAGUGACACCUGGCGAUGAUGUUUGAAUAACUAGUUCAUUGUGAGGUGUCACAUUUUGGACUCAUAAAGCCACGUGUCCACUGUGUUUCCACUCUGUUCCCUCUUAAAAUAAUACGAUUAAAAAUCAGCCCAAACACGGUCGGGUAGGUCCCAUGCUCUGAGCCAAUAGGAAAGCUUGAACCACUUCCUGGGUCUGCUGUGGCGUGUUGUUUACGUCUUCCAGGGCGUCCGCUACUGCAAAUUGUCGGUCCCUCAGCCUAUUCCAGUUGGACAGCACAUUGUGGUAUUCAAAGACCUUCUCGUAGUUUCCCACUGAGUUGUAAAGUUUGAUCAGGCCUCUGUAAUCGUACUCCAGACCACUAUAGCCCUCGCCGAACAGCUUCUUCCCUGCAGACAGAUCAUCAAAGUAUUGUUAAAGCAGCACUAUCCAGCACACUUUAGGGCUUUUGAAAUUGAUGUUGGACCCCAGUGGAGCACUGAACUAGUCUUUCCGUGAUACUCCGUAAAUCCUAAAUUAUCCAUCCAUCCUUGCUCUCCCGAUUAUUCGUUGCUGAGUCGUGGGGGGCAGUGGCUUCAAAAGGGAGCGCCAAACGUCCUUCUCUUGGACAUCCACCAGCUCUGACUGGGAAAUCCCCAAAGCUUAUGACCGUCAGGAUAAAGAUUGAUCAGCAAAUGGAGAACUUUGUCUUUAGGCUCAGCUCUCUCUAACACACAAUAGUGCGGUACAGCCAUUGCUGAAUACAUGUCCUCAAGACCUCACCAACCCAACUUUGAUGCUGUUGGUCAGGCAUUGAGCUACAUCAGUAGAUAAAAUGACUAUCAUUUAUAGAAGAUGAACAACUGACUGCUGAUGCUUUCACUAUGCUUAAUCAGACCUGAACUAAACUUGUGCUGUGUAUUGUACAACUAUUAGCAAUUGUAUUUCAUCAUGAUUUAAUAGUCUAUAUGAGGAUCAAAUCAUGACAUCGAUGGGAUAUGGCUCUCUUGUGUUUAUCUCUCGCUCUCUCUCAUGUUUCACACACACGCGCACGCGCACACGCACACGCACACGCGCACACACGCACACACGCACACACGCACACACACACACACACACACACACAGUGGAGCAUCACAGAUGAAGAGAGUGAAAACGCCAGUCGGAU